AUAUUUUAGCCAAUAUAGGUAUUUGAAACAGCGUUAUGAGGAGCUGUUGAAUAGGUGUAACCAUUUGCUGGGGGAGGAUUUAUCAGAUGAGGAGGAGGAGGAGGAGCUGAGUCGUAUUAGGCCCGCCUAUGUCAAGGCGUUUUUGUUGCUCUUGCUUGGCUACACCCUCUUUGCCGACAAGAAUAGCAAAACCAUUAAUCUGUUGUGGAUGCUUACGAUUCCGAAUUUGGAUGACUUAGGAACGUGAUCAUGGGGCAGGAUGAGACUUGCUUUCUUGUAUGAGCAGCUGAAUCUUACCUCCAACUCACAUGUUGACGCCAUUGGUGGUUACAUGACCUUGCUUGUGGAUGGGUUAUAGCUCACUUCAGACAUGUCAUUCCGAGGAAGAAAUAUGAAGAUUACGAACGGGAGUACCCGUAUGUGGAGCAUUGUCAUGUAUUUUGGAGGCUUGAUGCAUUCGAUGGAGCAUUGUCAUGUAUUUUGGAGGCCGUACGAGCGCCGACGAGACCUGAUGCCUUUUCAGUUCGUGUGCUAGUACUCCAGAUGGAUCAUGGUCGACAAACAAAAGAUAGUGCGUCACUUGCCGGAGCGGGUUUUGAGGCAGUAUGACUAUGUUCAGACCGUUCCCCGACCUGCUACGACGAUUCUGCCUCUUGCUCCAGCAGAUGUGGUUGCUGCCUUCUUGGAGUUUGCUCUGCAUGUCGUCAGUCAGCAAGAUAUGGGUGAGGCGGUCCCGGACGACGAGCCUUGGAAGCAUUUAGAUGGGUACAUGAGAUGGUUCUACCGUGUAUCUCAUCCUCUUAUCGUCGGCCUUGCUCCCGUUCCUCAGUACGUAACUCCCAGACUUGUCUACCAGAAGGUUAUUGUUGAGCAGGAGUGGGCUAGACAUCCUCCCGAUCCAUUGCAGGUCAUCAACAGCAUGAGAGUCAAAGUGGAGCAGACGAUGGAGAUUCCAGAGGUGGUUUCACAUCCACUCUUUUUCAGCAUUUUGGAGGGCCUCCAGACCGAUUAUAGCGUGUUUGACUAG